UGGAUGGAGUAGUAUAUAAACCCAAACAGUCUACCGUUUCAGUAUUACCUGCUCAUAUCAUUUACUUAAUCAAAACUUUGCUGCUUCAUUCCAGUACACUAGCUAGCCAGCUAACAUGGGGUUCAUUAACCUGCAGCCGUGGAAAUAUACGUGCUUGAGCUUGAUCCUCAUGCUGGGGGCCUGGUCAUCCGCAGCCACUUCUCGCACUCUACAAGAUGCAUCGAUAUAUGGGAGAUACGAGCAAUGGUUGACUCGUUAUGGUCGUGUAUAUAACGAUGUUAAUGAGAAGGAGACUCGUUUCAAGAUAUUCAAGGAAAAUGUGGCGUUUAUAGAAUCUUCUAAUAAGGAUGCCAACAAACCUUAUAGAUUAAGUGUCAAUCAAUUUGCAGACCUUACAAAUGAAGAGUUCAAAGCCUCAAGAAAUGGAUUCAAGGGACACGAGUGCUCCACGAAGACUUCGUCUUUCAAAUAUGAAAAUGUGACUGCAUCAUUACCAGCAACAAUGGAUUGGAGAAAGAAAGGAGCAGUAACCCCCGUCAAGGACCAAGGCCAAUGCGGAUGUUGCUGGGCUUUUUCAGCGGUGGCCGCCACGGAAGGAAUUACACAGCUUACAACUGGGACAUUGAUCUCUUUGUCUGAGCAAGAGCUCGUUGAUUGUGACACUGCUAGUGAAGACCAAGGAUGUGAGGGCGGCUUGAUGGACGAUGCCUUCCAGUUCAUCCAACAAAAUCACGGGAUUAGCACAGAAGCUAAUUACCCCUACGAAGGCGUUGAUGGUACAUGUAACGCCAAGAAGGAAGCCAGCCAUGCAGCCAAGAUAACUGGCUUUGAAGAUGUCCCUGCAAACAGUGAAAAGGACCUUCUUGCCGCAGUAGCUCAUCAACCUGUUUCUGUUGCCAUUGAUGCUAGUGGUUCCGACUUCCAGUUCUAUUCAAGCGGUGUCUUUAGCGGAACCUGUGGAACAAGCCUUGACCAUGGUGUUACCGCUGUUGGUUAUGGCGUGAGUGAGGAUGGGACUAAGUAUUGGCUAGUGAAGAACUCAUGGGGUGCAGAAUGGGGUGAAGCUGGGUACAUAAGAAUGCAGAGAGAUGUUGCUGCAGCGGAAGGACUUUGUGGCAUUGCUAUGGCUGCCUCUUACCCCACAGCUUAGAUAAUUUUACCAUCAACAAUUAACUAUAUAAUAUGCGUUAGAGGCUGUAUGAUAUGUAUCAAUUUGUAUGAAUAUUAUACGAUAUUGUGGCUGUAAGAAAAAGUAGCUUGCCAUCUUGUGAAAAUCCUCUUCGGUUUCGUCUGUUUGAACUAAAUACAUAGUGCAUGCUCUUUUCAAUUCAUUUCCUUUACCAAAUCCUGAAUCUCAGCUUCUUCCAAGAAUCUCAUCAAUCAAAAUGAUGAGAUUAGCUCUGAGGCAAAUUACAACACCGGUGUUGACCAUACUUGCAACAGCCAUGCCCCUCACGCAUCGAUAUAACUGGCUAUGGCCAUGAAGACCUGCCGGGAAGCAAUGACAAGGCCCUUCCCAAGGCUAUUGCUAAUCAACUUGUAUCUAUUGCAUUGAUGCCGGAGGAGAAGAUUUCAUGUCCUAUAAAAGUGGCGUCUUUAAAGGCGUAUGUGGACUAGCCAUCGACCAUUGUGAUUCCACUAUUGGUUAUGAGAUCAGUGAUGAUGGAGAACUUACAUGGCACAAGAUAUACAGCCACGUAGAGUUCCAUACCAAUGAAAUAAGGACAUGUGAACAAACUUACACGCGUCUUUUAUUUUGUUGGGCAGGAUGCCACUGUGGCAAUGUCCCAUACCAUUUAACUCAUAUUAUUGUGUAUCAGAUUGUAUACUCAAACGAACCACCAAUUUCACAACUGCAGAAGCAGAGACAUUGCUUCAAGGGGCAUGCAGAAGUGUGUGUCCUUUCUUUUCCCUUUGAAACUACAUCCAUAAACCAAUCACCAGACCUUUGAAUGAACCACCAUGCGCAGUAACAUGGACUCAAAAAUGCAAACAUUAUUAAUAGUAUAGCUACUUGUUACUCCCGCAAAAUCAUAAUACAACAUUCAGCGUUAAACACAACUUGCAAUGUGCUGAAGUACACAUGUAAAGUAAAAACAGAUUAAACUAGG